GGUUUUUAAAUAAUAUCCACAUACUUAGCAUUUUGAAGUUCGCCACAGUGUAUAAAAAGCGAUCAUUAUGUUUUGGAAAAGGCUAUUGCUACACGGACAUUAUUGCAGAAGUGAGAGUACAAUCUGAACGAUUGUCUUAUGCAAAUAAGUCAAAUGUUUGACAAUGGAUGACAAACAUAAAACCGAUAAAAACAUGCAUGAUAUUCUCAACGACCUCGGCUUUUCAAAGGUUAAGUCUGAACAGAGAGUAAAAAUAUAUGACAAUGCAAGUAGGUGCAUGGAGCGUAUAACGCUUAGAAAUUGGUUUGAAUAUUUUGAAGUUUUUGUUCUUGGAAGUCGUGGAGAAGGAAUAGCUGUUGCCUUAGGUAGUGAUAUGGACAUAUUGAAACUCCAGCCAGCUGUAAUGUGUUUUCAAACGUUUCCUGCAGAACAUAAAGAGAAAAUAGACAAAUAUGUUGCUACGUUUGGACUACACUUUAAUGAUGUUCCUGAGGGUUAUGUUAAGUUGCAUUUAGAAACUAUAAAAAACAUUCAAAAGCCCGACAAAUACUAUAAAUUAGUUAAUAGAAUCAACAGCGCAUUAACAAGUGACAGAUAUUUGAAAAAUAACGAACGAAUCAUUGAGGCUGUAGAAUAUAAAGGUGAACAAGAUAAUGUGGAAAUUACAGGUUGGAUCAGUGAACACUUUCAACAAGAACAAGCCCAUGGGCCUGCACAGCCGCUUCAAUUUCCAAUACCAAUGUCUGGUCGUUAUUUGUCGGUAGAUAACGUACCAGCCUUUCCCUGUGAAAUACCGUCAUUUUUUGAUGAGUGGUUAAAAAGGGUUCAAGAUAAGUCCUGGCCUAGUGAAGAGACAUCGAUGGAAGUAAAGGAAUCACCAUUAUUUGUUGUACCUGUUGGUUUAGCAGGAAGUCAGGAAGAAGAAUUGCAAUGGAGGGUAUCUUGUACACUUGCAGAAAGAUUGUUGGUAAGGUCCUUCAACGAUGCACAGAUUAAAGCAUAUACUGCAAUGAAAAUGAUUUUGAAACAUGUACUGAAACCUGAUUGUGAAUAUAUCACUUCCUACCAAGUAAAGAAUGUUAUGUUCUGGGUAUCCGAGAAGAACAACAAUAUCCUGAAAAUUACCAAUUUUAUUGAAAUUUUGCUUGAAGCAAUUGACUUUUUAAAACAAAGUCUUGAAGUUAGGUGUCUUCAGCAUUACUUUGUACUUUCAAAGAAUCUGAUGUCUGGGACUUUGUCAGAUAAAGAUUGUAGAUGUUUAAUUGAUCACUUCAAUGAAAUUUCAAAGGACCCAACAGGAGUUCUACGACGAUGUCCGUUGAUACACUUAAUGUGCUCUCUACCGAAAGAAGAGGUUCAGAAACGGUUGCUGUUUAGAAAUCUGCUUGUCGAAGUCGCUUCAGCAGGUUUGUCUAUUGAAGAUCCUGUAAAAUUUGACAGAAUUGAACGCUUAUUUCAUCUUGUAAAAUCCGAAAACGAUUUCUUUGAGUUCGCUAAAAGAGAAGUGCUUUCUGUUGUAAGGCAAAACAAUCCGUACGGAUACUUCGAUCUUUUGUCAUCAAAAAGUAACGAAGAGAUUUUGGGUAUUCUUUUGCUGGGGAAAUUAUUUGGUUACGACAAAGAAUGGCUCGAUUGAGGUGUGGGUAUGUGUGUUUCACACAAUGGCGACAUUGAACAGUUAAAAGUACAAAACCAAGAAGCAGAUUGAACUGUCGUCAUUCAAAUUUAUAUUCAGUACUUUAUUACACCUUAUAUAUUAAACCUUUUUUAUCCUUAGUUGCGAUUAAAAAAAACCCAGAGAAUAUUCUUAACUUGGAUUUGUUUUUUAAUUACUUUCGAGGAGACGCAGAUUAUAUAGAAUGACAGGUACAAAAGACUUGGAUCAAAUAUCUUAGAAAUCGGCAUAUAAACUAGUAUAUCAAAUAUUAUCUUACCAUUCGUAGCAUCUAAAUGCUUGUAUCAUCGGAGUAAUUGACACGACUGAUUUUGAGAAAUUAACCUUCUUUUAAGAUGUUCUUUAGGGUCAUUUGGUAGUACAAGUGGUAUAUUGAUUUAUUUCACAUAGUUUGGUAUAAGGUGGAUACCAAAGUGCAGAACUUGAUCUUGACCAUUGAAAUGGUCAUCUUAAGUGACCACUAUAAGACGAUACUAUUGACAACACUCAUGGAAUCUUUCUACACGAACUUAAAAAUAUUAAACUAUACCUGUUUCAUAAGACAUAUAAUUCUCAUUUUAUUAAAGGCUUUGUAACAAACUUUUUUUUCUUGUCAGACAUGUUAUAAGAUACUUUUUGUGAGAAACAUUAUGCUAUUAUAGUUUAUUACAGCUAGUUUAUCUUUUUCUAAAUUGUAAUUCUUGAUUUAUAUCAUAUUUGAUAUGUUCAAAUGUACUAACAUUACAAAUAUUACAUGCAAAUGUUUUUUAAGAGAUAAAAGAGUUAUAAUUGUUUUAAGUCAACUGUACUCUGAAGCUUUGUUCUGAAUAUAUAUAAAAAUAGUUAUAAUUGAGCCGUGACAUGACAUUUCCAACAUAGUGUUGAAAUUCGACAUUUUACCUUUUUAAAGAUUAAGUUAAUACUGAUCUUGUAUUUCGAGUCUGCAUGUUUUCGGCCAGAUGAGUUUUGAUAUCUUAACAAUUAAACAUUAAACUAAUCGAAAAAUAUUGUACAACAUUAGAAUCAGUACUCAAUUUAAUCAGGUUUAAUAAUCUUAUAAAAAAGAACAAUAAAAAGGGUUUUUCUAAUUGAGGUUUCUUGUUAACUUUCAUUUCGGACAAGAUUUCUCACAUAUAGAAAGGAUGUUUAAUGAUUUCUUAAGAUAUAUCAUAUAUUUUUGAUUAUUUAGCAUUAAUGUCAAGAGCAAGACUGUUAAUUAUCAUCUGUACUCCUCAGAAUAAUUACAAACAUUAUGACAAAUUCUUUAAAGCUGUAAUACAGAGCUGACAUUAUGAUACAUUUCUAUUCUUUAUUCAAUCAAUAUUUAUUUAUUUAUUUGUGUAUUUCUUUACUUAUUUAUUUAUUUACUUUUAAUAUGAGUAUGCUCCUAGAAAUAUUGUAAAUAUUGAA